AUGCGGGUAAUUUGGAGUGGGGGAGCAGCUCUUGCUUCGUCGGACCAACUGGACCGCCUUGUGUCCUUUGUACGCGAUACCCUCCGCGUGUCCUGGCGCCAUAUCGACACUAUGGAGAAGGACGACGAGCUCAGCCUGCUUCGUCUUCGUACCAAAAAGUACGAAUUGCUUGUUACGCCUAGUGAAAAGUAUAUUCUUGUUGUCCUACAUGAUCCAGGGCAUGCUCUGUAA